AUGUCCACUGCCUCCUCCUCUUCCAGUUCCUCUCAGACCCCUCAUCCCCCGCCGCAGAGGAUGCGGCGCAGCGCCGCGGGUUCCCCGCCCGCCGCCCCCGUCACCGGCAGCGGGAACGGCGCAGGCGGCGGCGGCGGCGGCGGUGUGGGCUGCGCCCCAGCUGCGGGAGCCGGCCGGCUGCUGCAGCCCAUCCGCGCCACGGUGCCCUACCAACUCCUGCGGGGCAGCCAGCACAGUCCCACGCGCCCGCCCGCCGCCGCCGCCGCCUCGCUGGGCAGCGUCCCGGGGCCCGGCGCGGCCCGCGGCCCCAGCCCGCCCAGCCCGACGCCGCCGCCGGCCGCGGCCCCAACCGAGCAGGCGCCGCGGGCCAAGGGCCGCCCGAGACGGUCCCCCGAGAGCCACCGGAGGAGCAACUCACCUGAGCGACGGAGCCCCGGCUCGCCCGUCUGCAGAGUGGACAGGCCCAAAUCUCAGCAAGUUCGAACCUCUAGCACAAUAAGGCGAACCUCUUCCCUGGAUACCAUAACAGGACCUUAUCUCACAGGACAGUGGCCACGGGAUCCUCAUGUUCAUUACCCCUCAUGCAUGAAAGAUAAAGCUACUCAGACACCUAGUUGUUGGGCAGAAGAAGGUGCAGAAAAGAGAUCCCAUCAGCGUUCUGCAUCGUGGGGGAGUGCUGAUCAACUGAAAGAGCAGAUUGCCAAACUGAGGCAGCAACUACAGCGUAGUAAACAGAGUAGUCGGCACAGUAAGGAGAAAGAUCGUCAGUCACCUCUCCAUGGCAACCAUAUAGCAAUCAGUCACACUCAGGCUACUGGAUCACGAUCAGUCCCUAUGCCGCUGUCAAAUAUAUCUGUGCCAAAAUCGUCUGUUUCACGUGUGCCCUGCAAUGUAGAAGGAAUAAGUCCCGAAUUAGAAAAGGUAUUCAUUAAAGAAAAUAAUGGGAAGGAGGACGUGUCCAAGCCUUUGGACAUCCCUGAUGGUCGGAGAGCCCCCCUCCCUGCUCACUACCGGAGCAGCAGCACUCGGAGCAUCGACACGCAGACCCCCUCUGUGCAGGAGCGCAGCAGCAGCUGCAGCAGUCACUCACCCUGUGUCUCUCCCUUCUGUCCCCCGGAAUCCCAGGACGGCAGCCCCUGCUCAACAGAAGAUUUACUCUAUGAUCGUGAUAAAGACAGUGGGAGUAGCUCACCGCUACCCAAGUAUGCUUCAUCUCCCAAACCAAACAACAGCUACAUGUUCAAACGGGAGCCCCCAGAGGGAUGUGAGCGAGUGAAGGUCUUUGAGGAAAUGGCGUCUCGUCAGCCUAUCUCAGCCCCUCUCUUUUCAUGUCCUGACAAAAACAAGGUUAAUUUCAUCCCAACCGGAUCAGCUUUCUGUCCUGUAAAACUCCUAGGCCCUCUUCUCCCUGCCUCUGACCUGAUGCUCAAGAACUCUCCUAACUCGGGCCAGAGCUCGGCUCUGGCCACCCUGACCGUUGAGCAGCUCUCCUCCCGGGUUUCCUUCACAUCCCUUUCCGACGACACCAGCAUAGCGGGCUCCGCUGAGGCCUCUGCCCAACAGCCAUCCCAGCAGCAGCAGUUCCUGCAGGAGCUGCCGGGUGAGGACCACAUCUCCGCUCACAACUACGUGGUCAUCUAA